UUUUAAUAUCCAAUUGGCGGCACGCGGUUGUAAAGAAGAGGACAGUGAAUAAAGUACAUGUUGUCAUAAAUGGAACUUUAAAUAUCUUAUAUUGGGAGAUGAUUUGAAUACAAUACAUGACUGUCAUUAACAGAAUCAAAAAGUUGUAGCAAGUAUAAACUUUAUAUAUGUUAUACAUUAUAACUGUGCCUAGUAUUGUUAGUUUUCGCGAGCCGGUUUGAACGUAAACCCAUCCAUUCAAAUCAAAAUGGCGGAGGAUCAUUUAGUUGGACUCAGUGCUCAAGAGCUUAGAUAUCUUACAGUAGAUCGCAGUCUUGUCAACGACCCCUCUGUUCAAGCAGAAUGGGCUGGAAGGAAACUUAUAUGGAUACCGGACGAACAAAAUGGAUUUGUUAUGGCCAGCAUCAAGGGAGAAAAGGGAGAUCAACUGGAAGUGAUCGUGGACGAAAGUGGUCAAAAGAGGUCUGUCCACAGAGACGAUGUUCAGAAAAUGAACCCCCCAAAGUUCAGUAAAGUCGAAGACAUGGCAGAACUGACCUGUCUCAAUGAAGCAUCAGUUUUGCAUAAUUUAAAAGACAGAUAUUACUCUGGAUUAAUAUAUACAUAUUCCGGAUUAUUUUGUGUAGUGAUAAACCCUUAUAAAAAAUUACCUAUUUACCAAGAAAAAGUUAUAGAAUUAUAUAAAGGUAAAAAAAGACAUGAAGUUCCUCCACAUGUGUAUGCAAUAGCAGAUUCAGCUUACAGGUGUAUGUUACAAGAUAGAGAAGAUCAGUCCAUCCUCUGCACAGGCGAAUCAGGGGCUGGUAAAACAGAAAAUACUAAGAAAGUCAUCCAGUAUUUAGCGUAUGUAGCUGCCUCAUCACGAUCAAACCGUUCAUCGGUAUCCAAUGUAGCACAUACCUCGAACAGGGAGUUGAGUCUAGGAGAAUUAGAAAAUCAAUUAUUACAAGCCAAUCCUAUCCUCGAGUCUUUUGGUAAUGCUAAGACAAUCAAGAAUGACAACUCUUCGCGAUUUGGUAAAUUCAUCCGAAUUAACUUUGACUUAUCAGGAUAUAUAUCUGGUGCCAAUAUUGAAUCUUAUUUAUUGGAGAAAUCGAGAGCCGUUAGACAAGCUGAAUCGGAAAGAACAUUCCACGUGUUCUACCAAUUUCUUAAUGGAGCCACACCAAGUCAGAGAAAGGAAUUUUUACUGGAGGACAUGAAGAAUUAUAGAUAUUUGUCAUAUGGUAAUGUUCCUGUACCAGGAGUUGAUGAUUCCCAUGAUUUCCAGAGUUUAGCUGAGUCUAUGGGCAUUAUGGGAAUAUCUACAGAUGAUCAAGCUGCUAUAUUAAGAAUUGUAUCAGCUGUAUUACAGUUUGGUAACAUGCAAUUUAAACAAGAGAGAAGCUCGGAUCAGGCUACAUUACCUGAUAAUACAGUUGCUCAGAAAGCCUGUCAUUUACUAGGUCUACCAGUUACUGCUAUUACUCAGGCUUUCCUUAAACCCAAGAUUAAAGUGGGUAGAGAUUACGUAACAAAGGCACAGACCAAAGAACAGGUUGAAUUUGCUGUAGAAGCUAUAUCUAAAGCUCUUUAUGAACGUAUGUUUAAAUGGAUUGUAACCAGAAUCAACAAAUCACUAGAUAAAACCAAACGACAAGGAGCUAGUUUUAUUGGUAUUCUGGAUAUUGCAGGUUUUGAAAUCUUUAAGAUGAAUUCGUUUGAACAGUUGUGUAUUAAUUACACUAAUGAGAAGCUACAACAAUUGUUUAAUCACACUAUGUUUGUAUUAGAACAAGAAGAAUAUCAGAGAGAAGGAAUUGAAUGGAAAUUUAUUGACUUUGGUCUUGAUCUCCAACCAACUAUUGACCUGUUAGAAAAGCCUAUGGGUAUUAUGGCCUUGUUAGAUGAAGAAUGUUGGUUCCCUAAAGCCACUGAUAAAACCUUUGUUGAUAAAUUGACUAAUCAACAUGCAACUCAUCCUAAAUUUACCAAGAAAGAUUUCCGUCAAGAUGCUGAUUUUAGUCUUGUGCACUAUGCUGGAAGUGUGGCAUAUCAAGCUGAUAGAUGGUUGGUUAAAAAUAUGGAUCCUCUCAAUGAGAAUGUUGUUUCUAUCAUGCAACAAGCUUCUGAUCCUUUUAUCGCUAAUCUGUGGAAAGAUGCUGAGAUCGUUGGAAUGGGAGCUGCGGCAGCGGUUGAUACUAUGUUUGGAUCCCGUACUAGAAAAGGAAUGUUUCGAACUGUCAGUCAAUUAUAUAAAGAGCAGCUAUCUAAACUUAUGUCAACUCUACGUAAUACUAACCCUAAUUUCGUACGAUGUAUUAUUCCAAAUCAUGAAAAGAAGGCUGGUAAGAUUACCUCACCUUUAGUUUUGGAUCAGUUGAGGUGUAAUGGUGUAUUAGAGGGUAUUCGUAUUUGUCGUCAAGGUUUCCCCAACAGAAUUAUCUUUCAAGAGUUCCGUCAAAGAUAUGAAAUCCUCACUCCUAAUGCUAUACCACGUGGAUUUAUGGAUGGAAAGAAAGCUGUAGAGAAAAUGAUUUCUGCCCUAGAAUUAGACAAGAAUCUAUAUAGAAUUGGUCAAAGUAAGAUCUUUUUCCGUGCUGGUGUAUUAGCUCAUCUAGAGGAAGAGAGAGAUUUAAAACUCACUGAUAUAAUUGUACAAUUCCAAGCCUUAGCUAGAGGUUUAUUGGCCAGAAGGAAUUAUCAGAAACGUCUUCAACAGCUGAAUGCUAUCCGAGUUAUUCAGAGAAAUUGUUCUGCUUAUCUCAAAUUAAGAAAUUGGCAAUGGUGGAGAUUAUUUACAAAGGUUAAACCUUUGUUAUCUGUUACUGGACAAGAAGAAGAGAUGGUAAAGAAGGAAGAAGAAGCCAAAAGAAUGAAAGAAAAUAUGGAGAAACAACAACAAGAUUUGUUAGAAUUUGAGAAACGAUUUACUCAGGUUAUUGAAGAGAAGAAUAUCUUGGCUGAGCAGCUUCAAGCCGAGACUGAGCUAUGUGCUGAGGCUGAAGAAUCUCGCGUUCGACUUGCUGCUAGAAAACAAGAGUUAGAAGAAGUAAUGCAUGAUCUAGAAUUACGUCUGGAAGAAGAAGAAGAUAGAUAUAGUUCUGUACUUGAAGAAAAGAAGAAGUUUCAACAGACUUUACAAGAUUUAGAAGAUCAGUUAGAAGAAGAAGAACAAGCUAGACAAAAACUACAGUUAGAGAGAGUAUCUGGUGAAUCAAAGAUUAAAAAGAUGGAAGAAGAUUUGGCCUUAUUAGAGGAUCAGAAUCAGAAAUUAAUCAAAGAGAAGAAGAGUUUAGAAGAAAGAAUGAAUGAUAUAUCUCUACAAGCUGUAGAAGAAGAAGAAAAAGCUAAACAACUUGGUAAACUAAAGAAUAAAUAUGAAGCGAUUAUUGCUGAUUUAGAAGAACGGUUGAGAAAAGAACAACAGGCUCGCCAAGAAUUGGAGAAGAUUCGUAGACGUCUAGAAACUGAAUUAAACGAUCUACGAGAUCAACUUAGUGAGAAACGUGAUCAAGUUGAAGACCUUCAACAACAGUUAUUGAGACGCGAGGAAGAAGUUCAACAAUCCUUGCAAAAAACUGAUGAAGAAGCUGGACAAAGAUCAGUUCUUCAGAAACAGAUGAGAGAGUUACAAAACCAAAUACAAGAACUACAAGAAGAUUUAGAUACUGAAAAGGAAUCUAGAAAUAAAGCUGAGAAGCAAAAACGUGAUUUGAAUGAGGAAUUAGAAGCUUUGAAAACUGAACUGGAAGAUUCUUUGGAUACAACUGCAGCUGUCCAGGAUGUUCGGCAAAAACGUGAACAAGAAGUAUCAGAAAUGAAGAAACAGGUUGAGUCCUCACAGAAACAACAUGAGAGUCAGAUACAGGAGAUGCGUAAUAAAUACACGGCUCAACUUGAAGCUCUUAGUGAAGAAAUUGAGAAUACAAGAAAGAAUAAAGUUGGUAUAGAGAAGGUAAAACAGACAUUAGAAGCUGAAAAUCAAGAUUUGAUCAACGACUUAAAACAAGUACAACAAGCUAAACAAGAAUCAGAAAGAAAACGUAAACAAAUUGACAGUCAGCUCCAAGAAGCUCUUAUUAAAUUACAAGAACUAGAUAGAACUAAGGUGGAAGUUGCUGAAAAAUCCACAAAAUUACAGGGAGAACUAGAAUCUGUUUCAACACAACUGGAACAAGCUGAAACCAAGUCUCUUCAAAUGACACAAAAAGCAAGUGCUUUAGAAGCUCAGUUAGCAGAUUGUCAGGAUAUGUGUCAAGAAGAAACACGACAGAAACUGGCCGCUCAGUCUAAAUUAAGACAAGUUCUUGAUGAAAAAGAGAACACACUUGAACGUCUGGAAGAGGAAGAAGAAUCCAAGAAAGCCUUACAGAAACAGGUUGUUGAUUUACAACAAAAGAUUGUUGAGGUGAAGAAGAAAGCAGAGGAAGAUGCUGUUAAUAAUGAAGCUCUUGAAGAAUUUAAGAAGAAGGCAUCUCGAGAUGCAGAUAAUUUCCAGAGAGAAAUUGAAGAAGCCAGGCAACAAGCGGAUCGAUUUGAUAAAUCUCGUAGGAAAUUACAGGCUGAGGUAGAAGAUUUAACUAUGGAGUUGGAAAGCCAGAGAACAUCUGCAAAUGCUUUUGAAAAGAAAUCUCGUAAAUUUGAUGCAUUGUUGGCUGAAGAGAAAGCUAAUGCUGAAAGGUUGGCACAAGAACGAGAUAAUGUUGAAAGAGAAAGUAGAGAAAAGGAGACUAAAAUAUUGAAUCUUGUAAGAGAAUUAGAUGAUAUUCAAGAAAGAUAUGAGGCUUUAGAACGAGCUAAACAACAACAACAGAGAGAAUUGGAUGACUUAGUCUCAUCCAAGGAUGAUGUCGGAAAGAACGUUCAUGAAUUGGAGAAAGCCAAGAGAGCAUUCCAACAACAAGUAGAAGAACAAAGACAACAGAUUGAAGAAUUAGAAGAUGAACUUCAACUAUCAGAAGAUGCUAAAUUACGUCUAGAAGUUAAUAUGAAUGCUUUGAAAGCUCAAUAUGAACGAGAUAUUCAGGGUAAAGAAGAUAUGGUUGAAGAAGGAAAGAAAUCAUUAUUGAGACAGUUGAGAGAAAUGGAAGCUGAGUUGGAAGAAGAAAGGAAACAGAAAGGUGCUGCUGUUAGUGCUAGAAAUAAAUUACAAGGUGAUAUCAAUGAUUAUCAACAACAAGUACAGAUGGCUAAUAAGGUAAAGGAAGAUGCCGUCAAACAAUACAAGAGAAUGGUAGCUCAGAUGAAAGAAGUUACUCGUGAAGUUGAUGAGAUUAGAAUAUCAAAGGAAGAGAUGGUACAGGCCCAGAAAGAUGGGGAGAAGAGAAUUAAAAAUCUGGAGGCGGAAGUUUUGAAAUUACAGGAGGAUCUCGCUCUGUCUGAAAGAGCCAGAAGAAAUGCUGAAUCUGAGAGGGAUGAGUUACAAGAAGAAAUUGGUGGAUCAGCCUCUUCGAAGAACGCCCUGUUGGAUGAAAAGCGUCGUUUGGAAGCUAGGAUCAGUGAACUUGAAGAUGAUCUUGAUGAUGAACGUAAUAAUACAGAACUGAUGGCUGAAAAAGCCAGAAAAGCUCAGUUACAAGUGGACCAAAUUAAUACUGAUUUACAAUCAGAGAGAUCUGUAUCACAGAAACUAGAGAACCAGAGAAUGCAACUAGAACGACAGAACAAAGAAAUGCGCGAUAAACUACAGGAACUUGAGGGACAGAAUAGAGCCAGAAUUAAGGCUACUAUUGCUGCUUUAGAAAGUAAAGUUCUUAAUCUUGAAGAACAGUUGGAUCUGGAGGCUAAAGAUCGAUCUACACUUUCAAGAGCUAAUAGAAAGUUAGAAAAACGUAUUAAAGAAUUAAUCCUACAAGGUGAAGAUGAGAGAAGGCAUGCGGACCAGUAUAAAGAACAGGUGGAUAAAUCUAAUAAUAGAGUUAAAGGGUUAAAACGUAACUUAGAUGAAACAGAAGAAGAAAUAGCUAGAUUAACAGCUAAAUUACGUAAAUUACAGAGAGAACUAGAUGAUCAAGUAGAACAAAAUGAAACUCAUUCUAGAGAAAUUACAUCAUUAAGAAAAUUACGGGGACCAGCAUCUAGUUCACGAACUACAACUAGAACAGUGAUUACAUCUAAAUUACUAGAUGAUAGUGUAGAUGGGGAUGAGGAAGAUAAAAAUGAUACAACAGAAACUUGAAUUCUUCAUCAUAAUCUCCUUAAUUGAUUAUACAAUUAUUAUACUAUAUAUAUAUUAUAUAUCACAUGGAGAAUAUCCUACACUAAAACAUUCUAUAUAGUUGUCUAUAUUUAAUAUGCAUUAUAUUAUCAUUGACUGACCAAAUGUGCUACUAAGACAUGACACACAAGUUCACUUGCGAGGCUAAUAUAUUUUGCUUUUUUCUAGUAUUCUCUAGCUUUAAGUAAACCAUAUCUAUCAUAUAGAUUUUUUUUGUAUACAUUUUUUUUUUAUUUUCAAUAUUAUUUUUCUUUAUGUUUAUUAUAUCUUUAUAAAAAAAAAAUGUAUUAAAAUCUAUAACCCCUUCUCAAACAAAUAUGGUGUUCAUAUGAAAAGUGUAUUCAAUUUCUUCAAAAUAUGGAUAGGGCUUUACUCCUUUCUUUUUAGUAUUUUCGAAUUGUGAAGCAUAUCACUUUAUUAUUAUAUAGGGUAUGGCAUUAAUUGUAGAUAUAUGGAAAUAAUCCAAAUAGGAUGAAAAUUUAUAGAAUUAAAAUAGUUUAUGACUUGCGGACCACUACUGACCUAGAUUUCUAAUAUCUGAAUCCUAAUUUUGUAACAUGAUUAGAUUUAUUUUAUUUUUAUUUUUUUGCGGUGGUAUCCACCAUCUUGCCAGAGCAAAGUUUGACCAAUCGAAAACCAGCAUUGUAUAAUGGAAUGUGGUCCUUUAUGAAACUGUUCCAGUAGUUUCACUGAUAAUUUUGUUAAUAUUAGUUUUGCAGUUUAGUGCAGACGCUUAUUUAUUGUUUGUUAAACUUUCCACAUUUUUUUUUUUUGCGCCCAUCAGAAGAGAUUUGUUAUAUUUGUUGAAUAUAUUUUUGGGUAUUAUUAUUCCAGACAGUCGUAUUAUCAUAUUUUACUGAUACCAAUAAUAAAAUAAUUAUUUAGUUGUCGUGAUUUAGACAAUUUAUAUAAUAAAAGGUGAACUCUGUUAAUGCUUGGAUUGUGUACAUGAAUUAUAAUGUGAUAUUUUGAUGUAAAAUACCUACCAUGUACAGGAAUCCAGCGAUUUUUUUUCGCCAUAUGUAAAUUUGAAUUUUUAUACGAAUAAUUCUUAAAGUUUUCUUAAAAAAGGUAAUAAAGUAUAGCUGGCUUAUUAUAGCACUUCUUUUCUCUGCCGCAAUUGUAGUAAUAAUUUAGUUUACAAAGAGCUUUGGAAAGAAUAAUCAAUCUGUAAAUUUGCUUUUCUUAAUCCUUUGAAUUAACCUUACAAGAUACAUAUUUGGACAUAAUUUGAAUUUGGAAGUGUGAUAGAGAAUUGUUGUAGUAAGGAUUGGAGAUAGCUUGUAAAUAAUGUUGACAUCCAGAACAGAUACUAUUUUUGUAUAUUAUUAUUAAAGAUUAAAGUCUUUAUACUUGCUAUUUUUAGGCUACUAAACUUAGAUAAAAUGAAUCCUGUUUUGUUAAGAUCAAACUCUUGCAUUAUUUUAGUUCUAUGAAUAAUAUGUACUGCUGGAAAUUCAUUAAGAGUGUAAUGUGUUAGCUACCAUCAUAUGUAUUAAUUCUAUGUCACUUUGAUGUCUUAACAUGGCUUUCAGAUGUAAUAAUUGAAAUCAUCAGCUUGGCUAAAUAAAUUAUACAGGACAAGAAAA